UUUGCUUUUAUUUUGAAAACUUACCGGAAGAUGCCGGGAGUGACGCAGCCUGACGCAGGUCGAAGCAUCACAACAUUGAGCUGCUGCUUUGUUCCAUAGUCGGGAAGCGCCGUACUGUCUUCGAUGAAGUGUGAAUGAAACCAGGCAAUGUCCACCAUGGUUUAUCCUCGUGAAGAAGCUCUGGAGCGACUGAGCCAGGAUGAGAUCGUCCUCAACACCAAAGCGGUCAUGCAGGGCCUGGAGACGCUGCGCAGCGAGCACACCCAGAUCCUCAACUCGCUGCUGGACUGCACUCAGCCGCCCGUCGCCCAGGAGAAGUCCGGCUUGCUCCGGAAGAGUCUGGAAGACAUCGAGCUGGGCUUAGGAGAGGCACAGGUCAUCAUCGCCCUGUCGGGCCACCUGAGCGCGGUGGAGUCCGAGAAGCAGAAGCUGCGCGCGCAGGUGCGCCGCCUCUGCCAGGAGAACCAGUGGCUGCGGGACGAGCUGGCGGCCACGCAGCACAAGCUGCACUGCAGCGAGCAGAGCGUGGCUCAGCUGGAGGAGGAAAAGAAGCACCUGGAGUUCAUGAACCAGAUCAAGAAGUUCGAUGACGACGCCUCACCAGCAGAGGAGAAGAGCCAGACAUCCGGAGGCGGAGGGGGAGGCGGGGACUCUUCAAAGGACAGUCUGGACGACCUGUUCCCCAACGAUGAUGACCAGGGACCAGCUCAGCCCAGCGGGGAGGUGGCGGCCCAGCACGGGGGCUACGAGAUCCCAGUGCGCCUCCGGACGCUGCACAACCUGGUGAUCCAGUACGCCUCCCAGGGGCGCUACGAGGUCGCCGUGCCCCUGUGCAAGCAAGCGCUGGAAGACCAGGAGAAGACGUCUGGACACGACCACCCCGACGUGGCCACCAUGCUGAACAUCCUGGCUUUGGUGUACAGGGACCAGAACAAAUAUAAGGAAGCUGCUCACCUGCUGAAUGACGCCCUGGCCAUCAGAGAGAAGACUUUGGGAAAGGACCACCCAGCCGUGGCUGCAACCCUCAACAACCUGGCGGUGUUGUAUGGAAAAAGAGGCAAAUACAAGGAGGCGGAGCCUCUUUGCAAGAGGGCGCUGGAGAUCAGAGUGAAGGUCCUGGGGAAGCUGCACCCAGAUGUGGCCAAGCAGCUCAACAACCUGGCCUUGCUGUGCCAGAACCAGGGCAAGUACGAAGAGGUGGAGUACUACUACACUCAAGCCCUGGAGAUCUACGAGUCCCAGCUGGGACCUGACGACCCCAAUGUGGCCAAAACCAAAAACAACCUGGCGACGAGCUACCUGAAGCAGGGCAAAUUCAAAGAUGCAGAAGUCCUGUACAAGGAGAUCCUGACCAGAGCACACGAGAAGGAGUUUGGAUCUGUAAAUAAUGACAACAAGCCAAUCUGGAUGCACGCAGAGGAAAGAGAAGAAAGCAAGGGUAUCCGGAAGGACUCAGGUCCGUAUGUGGAGUAUGGGAGCUGGUAUAAAGCCUGCAAGGUUGACAGUCCAACAGUGAACACAACCCUGAAAAGUCUGGGAGCGUUGUACCGUCGUCAGGGCAAACUGGAGGCAGCAGAAACUCUGGAAGAGUGCGCCAGCAGGUCACGCAAGCAGGGCAUUGAUGCCAUCAACCAGAGUAAAGUGGUGGAGCUGCUGAAGGACGGAGUGGGCGGAGGGAUCGACAGACGACACAGCCGGGAUGGCGUCGGUGGGUCGGGGGGUCAGCGAGGGGAUGGAGAGGGCGACGACUCAGCUGAGUGGAAUGGGGAAGGAAACGGCUCUCUGCGCCGCAGCGGCUCCUUCGGGAAGAUCCGCGACGCCCUGAGAAGAAGCAGCGAAAUGCUGGUGAAGAAGCUGCAGGGCAGCGGACCCCAAGAACCCCGAAACCCAGGAAUGAAGAGAGCCAGCUCGCUGAACUUCCUCAACAAGAGCACUGAAGAAACCACACAGGAUGCCAACUCCGGCCUGUCGGACCGCCGGGAGCUAAGCGCCAGCAACGUGGACCUGACCAGACGCAGCUCCCUGAUUGGUUAGAGAGGUGGGACCCGAUGGGACCAAUGAGGAGAGACCAUUUGCACGUCAGCUCACUCAUUCGCCACAGCAGCAUACAUUUACUGUUUUAUUUAUUGAAAAAAAAGAAUAUUAGUACACUUAUGUCACAUUGCUUCGUCAUGUGAACUGCUGCCAUCAGUCUGAAAUAUUAGGACUCUCACAUUUAUGAGCAUGCUGCUUAUUAGAAAGUGGAAUGUCCACACCACACCCGAACGCCUCGCGAUCUCAACUCAGCACCAAAGGAGCUUGUUUAAGGGAGUUUCUGUGGCGCCACCGUCAGUUCAGACAGAUGCACUGCACUUUGUGUAUUCCACGCACUGAUAGAAGCGUCCACAAAUGAUGGAAGCAAACAAAGUACAAUCUGUCCGACAGGAGAAGAUUUAUCUAGGAUUUAAAGAAAAGAUUAGCUCGAACCAUUUCAACCUCACCUUUUUGCCUUUUUUGUUUUUUUAAUGGACCGUUUUGUGAUUUUUCUGUAUAUUUUGCGCACUUUUAUUGUUGUUAUUUUUGGUCUGUGGACUCCACAUCAGGCGAAGGAGCGUCUUAGCUAGAAAACACAUAUCUGAAGAGGGAAGACUGAAAAGGAAAAACAAGAGGAAGAAGAUAGAUUUGAAAGAGGAACAAAAGUGGAGGUUGGUUAACAAAAAAAUCCUCUGUCCAAAAUCAUCUGCAGACUAGAAUCUAGUAUGGAGUCUAAAGUGUAUUUACGCUCUUUAAAUGUGUGUUUUUUGUUUGUAAAAAUUCAGACAUUUUCAGCUGCCGAGGAGCAUGGGAAAUUCUUUUACAUCUGUGAUUUUGCAAUCAUUCCAGCAGGAUAAUCAAGGCCGUUAAACAGUCCUCAUUUAACACCUUUUUCCCUCUUGUUUUGUAGUAAACGUCAUUUUAUGUUGUUAAUUUUUAUUGGGAGGAUCUUGGUCUCAAUCAAAAUCUGACUGUAGAUCCUCCCUACAAAUCAAUCCUGUUUUGCCUCUGCGCUUUUAUUUUGAAGGUUCCCACGAACUCUAACUGAAUGUUACUUUGAUGUUGUUUACACGUUGAUUGUGUUCCUGAUAUAAGAGAAUCACACAUAAGAGUGCUUACAAACAAACAAACAAAACGAGUUCAAUGAAUGUACACGUUUUCUAAAAGAAUCUGCUGCAGUGACAUCACAUCUCUCUUCAAGUCCUGGUAAUGCAAGAACAAUAAGGAAAUCCUGAGUUUGUCUCUUUAAAUAAUCAGCUCUAGAUUGUUCCGCCUUGUGCCGCUCUUCAUUUGUAAUGAAAUGUUUGCAACAACAAAGAGGAGAGGGGAGGGGGUGGUGAAGGAAGUGGUGAAGGAAGGUGUUUGUUUUUGAAAUGCCAUGAGGGGAAAGUGCUUGAAAAGCGCAUGUACACACUCAUCUUUGUCGGUGUCUGGACUGGAGGAUGAUGGAAAAUGUUGAACACUUUAAAAAAAAAAAGGCUGUGACGCUCUUCAUCUGCAGCUUUGGUCACACAAACUCUAAAGAAAUCAUCCAGAUUUUGCUUUUCUGAGAAAAGACUGGUGUAAAUAUUUCCCUUCAGUCACUGGAAGAAGCUGUUCCCGUCGGUUUUCCUUUUAUGUGCUUUUAGUCCAAAUAUUUAUGCUGGUCAGGUGAUCGUUCUCCGGCAGAUUUGUAGGUAUGAAGGUCUCGUCCGUGUGGAAGAACUCUAUAGAAAGUGGUAAUCUAACCUGUAUUUUAUUCUGUGUCCAAUAAAGAUCAAUUCCACUUUUUAAA